AUGACAAGUGAAACGGCCGAGCGAAACAGACCUUACGAAUUUGGGUUCGAGAUCGUUGAUUUUCAACAUAGGUAGGAGAAGAAAGAUGCUGAUGGAAUUAUCACGGGAGAAUAUGGAUUCAUAACUGCGGAUGGAGUGUAUCAGGAAACAGGAUACGCCACAGAUAAAAACGGUGGUUUUAUCACCGCCAGGAUGACUUGCAGAAGAAUUAAAAGUUUGAAGGAUGCGCGAGAAAUAUUGAAAGGAAGGCCGGAAAUUGCAAAGAGGCUGGUAGAAGCUGUAGAGAGGGCUUGUAGUGCGUGCAAAUUCGUAGUGAAAACAAACGAAUCUGAACGUACUACGCAGACCAUUGGACCGGUAACGCUACUUACUUCUAGUACAAAGUUGGAUGCCCUGGCACAAGGGAUGAUGAACAUUCUCAUCUCUCGAAGCUCGAAGGAUUUUUCUAAGGAAAGAAGAGGAAAGAAUUUAGUUCAAGAUGUCGUGAAAGAUGCGGUAGAUCCGCGCCUCAAACAGCCGAAUAUAGAUGAUCAAAUGCCGGAGAAGACGGCGAAUGAUCUUUACUAUCGCUUUAAUUAUUCGAUAACGACGCACGAGCAUCAAGAAGAUGAAUAUAGAAGCGGGUUAGAUGCUGCGGGGGGCAGCUUUCGCAUAGAAAGUGAAAAUGGUAUCGAUACCCGAGUGAAAUAUUUGUCGAACGAAUUUGGUCAUCAGCCGAACGUUUCGUUCGUUGCCAGCGAUAAUGCGACGAAAUUGCCGGCGAACGAAAGCCAACAACCGAAGGAGUACUCGUUCCUUUGGUACUGGACGUGA